GCCAGAAGCAGGGAGCUGGAUGGGAAGAGGAGUAGCCAGGAUGCGAGCCGGCUCCCAUAUGGGACGGUGGUGCUUGUAGGGGGAGCAUGAGCCAGUUGAGCCAUCGUGCUGGGCACCAGCUCUCUCCUGGUUGGCCCACACUGACGUUUGGCUCUCAGGGCAGUGAUGGGCUUGGUUGUCCUGGCUCGCCGUGCUCUGUGUGGUGCCUGAAGCACUCAGGACACGGGUGCUGGAGUUGCCUGCUCUGCACAGAGCGUGCUCAGUGCUCAGUCGGGUCCAUGUGGCAGGUUGAAGCUCAUGUGGUUAUUUGCCUGUGGACGCUUGCCCCGACCACCCUGCCUCCCCUCCCUGGGGUCUUCUGGAGGGUUGUGUCCUGUGUGUUUCUCUCCUUUGAGGGGCACUGGCCCUGGCUGGGCUUUUGAGACAGCAGCAGGCGUGGAGAGUGCGGGGCUGGGUCUGGCCCGGCCCCUGACCACGGGUUGCUCGCCCAUUGCAGAGCCCAAGGUGGUGUUUGCCAAGGAGCAGGCGGCGCACAGCGAGGUGAAGACCGAGGCGGGGGCCAGCGCCACACUGAGCUGCAAGGUGGCCCAGGCGCAGACGCAGGUGGCGUGGUGCAAGGAUGGGAAGAAGCUGAGCUCGAGCUCUAGGGUGCACGUGGAGGCCGCGGGCUGCACGCGGCGACUGGUGGUGCAGCAGGCGGGCACGGCGGACGCCAGGGAGUACAGCUGCGAGGCCGGGGGCCAGAGGGUCUCCUUCCGCCUGGACGUGGCAGGUGGGUGCAUGGUGCGGGUUGUGGGCAGGGACCACUGGGGUGCAAGGUGA